CUGUUCAAGUUAGGACAUCAGAAUGGUAUCCUUACAACCACCCAUCGAACAUCACAAUCUUUAAUACCAGUCAAACCAGUAUGAAGGUCACGUGGUCAAGUAUCCCGUAUAAUGACCGUAAUGGCGUCAUCCUGGGAUACAAAAUCGAGUUUUUUGACAUGUAUUUUGGUUACCUGGUGGAAAACGUGACAGUUCCAUCCAUCGUGCGGGAGAAAGAGUAUCAUAAUCUGAGCAUCUACAAUCUGUACGGUGUACAGGUCAAGGGGUUCACCAUUAUAGGUGAUGGACCGAGAAAUGACUUGAGUGAAACAGUAGCAAGGACUGAAGAGUCUGUUCCAAUAGUAGCUCCAUCCCAUCUAGUUGGCUACAACCUCAGUGUUCAUUCUAUUUUGGUUCAAUGGUAUUUUGACUCCAACGAACGUAAUGUUCUUGGGGUUCUUCUGGGUUUCCGGAUUUUCUUGAAUGGAGCAGACAACGAACCAAACUUCCAUCCGAGCACCCGUGAUGUCAAGAACGACACAAAUAUGAUUCAUUUUGGCGGUCUGUGGCCAUACACAGUGUACAAUCUAUCUAUAGCAGCUUAUACUCGUAAGGGGCAUGGUGUCAUUAGUCAACCAUUUCUCGUUAAAACUGAUGGUAAAGCUCCAGGCCUACCACCAUUUCCAGUCAAAGCCCACAAUACAAGCUCUACCAGUAUCCAAGUAAGCUGGAGAGAAGUCGAUAAACAUUACCACCAUGGUGUACUAUUAGGAUAUAAGGUUAUCGUACGUGAGCUAUUGCAGUCUGCUGUAACGAUCAACAAAACUGUACCAAAGGGAACUAAUGUAACUGACAUCAAUGGUCUGAAGAUAUACACCACAUACGUCAUCAAAGUACUGGCCUUCAAUAAAUAUGGUGAAGGAGAGUACGAUGAAGAGUUUGCUACGACAGACGAAGAUAUUCCCAGUCGACCUCCGACAUUGGUUACGGCGUGGAACACAAGUUCUACAAGUAUCCAGGUUUCUUGGCAACCACUCAAUGACAGUUACUAUGAACACGGCGUGUUGCUAGGUUACCAACUAACUUAUCAUCGCACAGAUGAAAGAGGAGAUGUAGAGAAUCUUGUGUUUUGCCCUGAUGAAUUGACUACGAAUAUUACAGAGUUGGAUAAAUAUGUUAAAUACACAAUAACUGUACGAGUCUUUAAUAGCAAGGGAUUUGGACCAGUUAGUCCUCCAGUAUUCUGCACAACUGAUGAAGAUGUUCCUGAUCUUGGUCCUCUUAAUCUACAAGGCUUCAAUACAAGCAAAAGCAGCAUUUUCGUCAAGUGGGACCCAGUACCAGCGGACGAGAGGAACGGAGUAUUACUGGGAUAUAAUAUCAUGUACAACAUCACCAAUCUUGCUCCAUCCCAAUCUUCGCGGCGUAAACGACGUUCAGUGAGCAGUGCCACGUUCACCGCUCUUGUGCAACCAGGGCAAGAAAACUAUACGAUAUACGGUCUUUUCCCGUACACCCUGUACAGUAUAGGUAUCGCUGGGUAUACAAGAAUAGGUGUUGGUCAUUGGAGUCCAGCAAUUUAUAUAAGAACAAACGAUGAAGAGCCACAGAUACCACCUCCAGAUGUCAUGGUCUUCAACACCAGCUCCACGUCAAUCAACGUGACAUGGUUGGCCAUUCCUCCGCCUCUGGUUGCAGGAAUACUGACAUCAUAUCUGAUCAAGUAUACCGAACUGGAUGACGAGGGAAAGAACGUGACGAGUUUAUUAAAGAUCGUUCCUGCUACACAGCUGACUAUCGAACUGACGGGUCUAGAGAAGUACACUGACUACAACAUCACUGUUAGGGGAGCUACUGUAGAGAUAGGGGUGGAAAGUAGCCCAGUUAUGGUCAGGACACAUGAAGAUACUCCUAGCAAACCGCCUCAGAACAUGACAGUAGUUCAAACAAGUUAUUCCACCCUGAACGUAUCUUGGAAAGCAAUCCCAAAACCCUUUAUUCAUGGAAUAUUACGAGGAUACAUAAUGUUUUACAAGAAAACAAUCGACUUUUGGACAGGAAUAAACCACACUAUGAAGUUCCUACCAAACAUGACGUCAUACCAACUGACAGACUUGGAGCCUUAUACUAACUAUUCGGUCUGGAUGUUUGGGUUUACAUCUGUGGGGAAUGGUACAGCUACUACAGUCAAGUAUGCAGUAACCGAUGAGUAUGUUCCAAGUAAAUCUCCUGUCAAUGUCACGGCAAUGAACUUCACAAGUCAUAGGUCAAUCAACGUAUCCUGGCACCCAAUCCCUCACGGGUUUGUUCACGGUAUUUUGCGCGGUUACCGUGUUUUGUACAAGAAAGUGAUGAUGCAGGAUGAAGAGUGGAGUGGGAUACAGGUAAAUUACACUGUACAGUCCCAGUCUUUAUCGACGAUGAUAGAAGACCUGGAUAACUAUGCAGUAUAUCAAAUACAAGUGCUUGGGUUUACCAUAAAAGGAGAUGGAGUCAUCAGCCAAUCAGUUUAUGCAGAAACCUGUCGAUGUUCGAAGGAAUUGACAACAUCAUGGUACAUGAUGGAACCUUACGUCACUCACAACCAGUCCACUACUUCUGGCUUGAUUCCCCGUAUACUUGAGCCCCUGGUCACUUGGUGCUGCGGUAACUGUUAUAACGGUCAUGGACAAACAGACAUCAACCUUAUUCACGAUGGUCAAGGUAACAAUGCACAAAAGUCAAACGCAACGCAAGUUUUAGUUCCGAAUACCGAUCUUAUGUUCCCUGUGUAUGGAUUCUACGGUAAAACAACUCAUGAAGACUACGGGUAUUUGAGCGUAGUGACGUCACCUGGUAUAUCGUUCAUCACGCUGACCCAGGAAAUGACAUCUGUUAUGUUCAAAUCAACCAGUGAAAGCUGGCCUUUGUUCGUAAUGAUGCUUGUGAUGGUACUCUUGGCUGGUGUGCUUACAUGGUUGUUGGACUCUAAUCAAAACCCUGAGCAUUUCCCGCGACCUUUCAUCAAAGGUUCCUACGAAGGCUGUUGGUUGGCAUUUAUAAGCAUCACUACAGUUGGUUAUGGAGACCGCGCUCCCAAAUCCUUCUGGGCGCGUAUUCUGACUUUAGUUAACAUGCUGUCUGGAUUCAUAUUGAUAUCUCUUAUAACAGCAAACUUGAGUAGUGAUUUUGUGGUGACGACUAUUAUGGCGAGUAAAAAGACUCUAUAUAUGACCAAGGUUGGAGCAAUAACACGGUCAUUUGAGUAUAGCAUCGCAGUCAGAAGAAACGCACUGGUCAAUACUGAAUCAGAGUAUUACAGCUACAAGGACCUGAACGAUGCUCUCAUAUCAGAGGAAAUACAGGGGAUUCUGGUAGACACGUAUAUUGCUACAUCUCACCCAGAGCUCUUCUCUGCAUCGCAGUUUGGUGGCCCCCCGAUCACCAGGCAGUUGUUACCGUAUGAAAGUGUAUAUGGAGUCGCAUUAGAGCGAAAAACUGACAAGCUACGCAAAUGUUUUAACAACUAUUUAAAGUUUAACAAAGACGAAAUUAGCAGAAUUAUCGAAGGAAACCUCAAGCAACCAGGCGUAUCUGAAGAGAGCGCAGCAGAGGAAAUGUCAUCCAUGAUAUUUGACCCAAGCUCCAAGUAUUUUCAAUAUCUUUACAAGUACAUUGGUCUAGCACUUAUUGGCGCAGUCAUGUCUGGACUAACUUAUGCGCUUCUUUUACGACGAAAACACUCUGUACAACCACGUGCGCAAGAACUUCAACGAAUUCAAAGAAUCCAAGAAGCAAGGGCGAUGAUAAACGACUUUUAUGAGGCUUUUUCAAGUAGUUAUCGCGAAAUGAAAAGAAGACACAGAGAAGAGAGACUUCGUUGUUUGAAAAAGACCAUUGAAUCAAGAACAAAAGACACAUGCCAAGAAAAGAACAGCUAGAAUCAAAACAUUAUUAAGGUUUACUUUAAGAAAUAAUCCAAAACUUAAAAUAUGCCGAGCUAAAAUAAAACGUGCACACGAGACUAGCAGGCACACUAUCUUUAGCAAAGGUGCAUAUUACACUAUUGACAAUAUUCAACUUUAUUGGGUAAUAGCUAUAAUGAUGUACAUGUAUACGUGAAUGACGACGAGAGCGCGAACGUGAUUCUAAGUCCCAUGCUAGGCACUACUUCCCUACAGGACGCACUUUAGAUAAAAUAAAUUAAAAUAAAUAGAUAUGAUACUAUUAUCUGUGACACGAACACUCGCAAACUAGAGACCACAUGCAAGGCAAGUUGAUAACAAAUACAACACUGUUAAUAAUCUAUUUAUUUAUCAAACUUGCACCAAAAUAAAUAAGUAUAAUAUGUACGUUUCAAAACUAAGACAUAUCAAAACGCAACAAAUCAUGAUUGAUAUAAUGUAUAAAAAUAAGAACUGUGAGGGUCACAAUAAUAAUAUUAACAAACA